AUGCGCACCACCCUCACUCUCCUGGCUCUGGCUGAGGUCUCUACCUUUGCUUUCGGCUACGAUAUCCCCGACAACCUCCGCGACAUCUACAGCAACCACAAGUCCGGCAAAUGCAACAACAAACUCGCCGGCGGCUUCGACGACGGCAGCCUCGCCUACUGCGGCGACAUCCCGCACGCCAUCUACCUCCACUCCCAACGCAACGGAGGCCGCUACGACAACAUGGACAUCGACUGCGAUGGCGCCAAUCGCUCCGCCGGAAGAUGUAGCAACGAUCCCACCGGCCAGGGCGAGACGGCCUUCAAAGACACAGUCAAGCAAUACGGCAUUUCCGACCUCGACGCCAACAAGCACCCCUACGUCGUCUUCGGCAACAGCGGCAGCAACCCCUCUUUCAACCCAGAGGACGAGCAUAUGCACCCACUCAGCGUUAUGGCUGUUGUGUGCAACAAUCAGGUCCACUACGGUGUGUGGGGUGACACCAACGGCGGCACGUCGACGGGAGAGGCGAGUCUGGCGUUGGCGAAUUUGUGCUUCCCGAAUGAUAGUCUGAGCGGCGACAAUGGGCAUGGGGAGUAUGAUGUGAUGUACAUUGGCUUCAAGGGCACGCAUGCUGUUCCGGGUGAUUCGGCGAACUGGAAGGCGGGCAGUGCGAAGGAGUUUCAGAGCAGCAUCAAGGAUUUGGGCGAUAGCUUGGUUGCGCAGUUGAGCGGGUAG